UUCCGACAAAAAAGAAAUAGGAAUAUGAUAACCUAACCCCCAAAUCAUUUUCAUAAUUUUCAUUAGUAAAAUAGCACUUCCUCACUCCAUUGAAGUAAAACUCCCUCUCUCUCUGUGUGUGUGUCUAGCUUGAUUGAUAGGAGGGAGUAAUUAUCUGUGAUGGCGCCCCUCCAAAUCCUGUGGCUCCUCCUUGUUUGUCUCCCGCUGUGCUACUCCACCUCCAUCCACGACCUCCUUAAAUCCAUGGGCCUGCCGCCCGGCCUCUUCCCCAAGGACGUCAUGUCCUACACCUUCUCGCCCUCGGGCCUCCUCCAAGUCUACCUCGACGGCCCCUGUCUCACCAGAUUCGACACCAUGGCUCUGUACGAGAGUGAACUCCGCGCUAAUCUCACCCACGGCAGCCUCACCGGCGUCCAGGGCCUCUCACAGGAAGAGCUCUUCCUCUGGCUCCCCGUCAAGGACAUAAUCGUCAAUGACCCCACCUCCGGCUUAAUCCUCUUCGAUAUCGGACUUGCUCACAAGCAGCUCUCCCUCUCUCUCUUCGAGGAUCCGCCCGAUUGCUCCACCAAGGGUAAAUUGAAGGAGCUGAGAGGAAAAGAGAAGGGAUUUGUGUAGCUCUAAGUAUAAAGUAAUAAAUCAAGAAAAAUUGCCACUUUUUUUUGUUUAAUUACUAGUGUUUUCACUAAGUAUAGAGUUAGUGUGUAUUAAAUAUUAAUAGUAGUAGUACUGUAAAAAUAUGGGAAACAGACAACCUGAGGAAUUUUGAGAGAACAAAUUGUCUUCA